AUUACCAUUUUAUGAAAAAGGUAGGGAGGCCCAUUCGAACCGAAAUCCUACCCCACUCCGCUAAAAGGAAUCCAUCUUCUUAAAGUAUCGUGAGGCGGCGGAAAGUGGACAGGUGGUAUAUUUUCCGUGAUACGGAUCUCAUGAACAGGAGAGCAGGCGGUCUGCUAGGUUCCAUUCUUCGAUUCGGUGAUCCCUUGCUAAGAAGGUAAGCGAGAGAGAGAGAGAGAGAGAGAGAGAGAGAGAGAGGUGGGGAGAAAUGGCGACGCACGGCACGGCCGCGUCGGCGAAGAUUAAGAUCGGCGUAUGCGUCAUGGAAAAGAAGGUGAAAUGCGGAGCAGAGGUACACUCUGCACCCAUGGGGCAAAUUCUGGAGAGGCUACAGGCUUUUGGGGAAUUUGAGAUAAUAUUAUUUGGUGACAAAGUUAUCCUUGAGGAUCCAGUAGAAGACUGGCCAAUCUGUGAUUGCUUGAUUGCCUUCUAUUCUUCUGGUUAUCCGCUCCAAAAAGCAGAAGCUUAUGCUGCACUACGGAAGCCAUUCUUAGUAAAUGAGUUGGAGCCGCAAUACCUUCUCCAUGAUAGAAGAAAGGUCUAUGAGCGACUUGAGGAGUUUGGAGUUCCUGUUCCUAAUUAUGCUCUUGUAAAUAGAGAACAUUCUUACCAAGAGCUGGAUUACUUUUUUGAGCACGAAGACUUUGUUGAAGUACAUGGGAAACGGUUUUGGAAACCUUUUGUGGAGAAGCCUAUUGAUGGGGAUGAUCAUAGCAUUAUGAUAUAUUAUCCGAGUUCAGCUGGCGGGGGGAUGAAAGAAUUGUUUAGAAAGGUUGGAAAUCGGUCCAGUGAAUUCCAUCCCGAGGUUAGAAGAGUAAGACGAGAAGGCUCUUACAUAUAUGAAGAAUUCAUGCAUACAGGAGGAACUGAUGUGAAGGUUUAUACGGUGGGUCCAGAAUAUGCACAUGCUGAAGCAAGGAAGUCUCCCGUUGUUGAUGGGGUCGUAAUGAGGAGUCCUGAUGGAAAGGAAGUCAGAUAUCCUGUCUUACUAACUCCUGCUGAGAAGCAGAUGGCAAGGGAUGUUUGCCUUGCUUUCAGACAAGCGGUCUGUGGAUUUGACCUUCUGCGCUGUGAAGGAAGAUCUUAUGUUUGUGAUGUCAACGGAUGGAGUUUUGUUAAAAAUUCCCACAAGUAUUAUGAUGAUGCAGCAUGUGUACUGAGGAAGUUGUUCUUUGAUGCCAAAGCUCCUCAUCUUUCGUCUACCAUCCCUCCAAGUCUACCAUGGAAUGUAAGUGAACCUACUCAACCUUCUGAGGGGUUAACACGUCAGGGAAGUGGUAUUAUUGAGACAUCAGGGCAGUCAGAGGAGUUGCGUUGUGUUAUUGCUGUCAUUCGCCAUGGUGACCGGACGCCAAAGCAGAAGGUGAAGUUGAAAGUUACUGAAGAAAAGCUCUUGAAUUUAAUGCUCAAGUACAAUGGUGGGAGACCACGAGCUGAGACAAAACUCAAAAGUGCAGUUCAGUUACAAGAUUUAUUGGAUGCCACACGUAUUCUUGUUCCACGCACCAGGUCUGGCCGGGAAAGUGAUAGUGAUGCUGAAGAUAUUGAACAUGCAGAAAAACUUCGUCAGGUCAAAGCUGUGCUUGAGGAGGGUGGUCAUUUUUCAGGUAUCUACAGGAAAGUGCAACUGAAGCCCCUCAAAUGGGUCAAAGUGCGAAGGAAUAAUGGUGAAGGUGAGGAAGAACGCCCAGUUGAAGCUUUGAUGGUUCUCAAGUAUGGUGGCGUUCUUACACAUGCAGGAAGAAAGCAGGCUGAAGAACUUGGGAGGUAUUUUCGGAACCAUAUGUAUCCAGGGGAAGGUACUGGUUUGCUUCGACUUCAUAGCACGUAUAGGCAUGAUCUAAAAAUAUACAGCUCAGAUGAGGGCCGAGUUCAGAUGUCUGCAGCAGCAUUUGCAAAAGGCCUUCUUGAUCUGGAAGGGCAAUUAACACCAAUAUUGGUUUCUCUUGUGAGCAAGGACUCCUCAAUGCUAGAUGGACUUGAAAAUGCUAAUAGUGAGAUGGAAGAAGCAAAGAUAUGAUAUGCUGCAUAAUGCACAUCUUAAUCUUGAUGGUUUAGCAGAGCUAUUUAAAGUUGCUCAGUUGCUAGCAGAUGGUGUUAUUCCCAAUGAAUACGGCAUCAACCCAAAGCAGAAGCUUGAAAUUGGGUCAAAGAUAGCCCGCAGAUUGUUAGGAAAAAUUUUAAUUGAUUUGCGCAAUACUCGUGAGGAGGCUAUCAGUGUUGCUGAGCUAAAAUUUGGUGAUGGGAAAACCGCAAUGGUUCAGAGGUCGAGAAAAGAGGAUACCGAUAACCAAUCAAGACAUGGGAAUAAACAUGAAGAUGCCGGAAGAAAUAGUUCUACCAGUGAAAAAUCAUUGGAUCAAGAUGAUGAUGAAGAUAAAGAAACCAAAUAUCGUUUAGAUCCAAAGUAUGCUAAUGUCAAAACACCAGAACGACAUGUUCGCACAAGACUAUACUUCACAUCUGAAUCUCACAUACAUUCCCUAAUGAAUGUUCUCCGCUACUGCAAUUUUGAUGAAUCCCUUCAAGAAGAAGACAGCCUUGUCCGUCACAGUGGUCUUGAGCGGCUAUUUAAGACAAGAGAGCUUGAUUAUAUGAGUUAUAUUGUUCUAAGAAUGUUCGAGAAUACAGAGGUGCUUCUGGAAGAUCCAAAGAGGUUCCGCAUUGAGAUGACAUUCAGUCGCGGUGCAGACUUAAGCCCGCUUGAGGAACCUAAUAACGGUGUUGAUGCCGCUCUGCUGCAUCAAGAGCACACGCUUCCUAUAAUGGGCCCAGAGAGAUUACAGGAAGUGGGAGCAUAUCUUACGUUAGAAAUGAUGGAGAAGAUGCUAAGGCCAUUUGCAAUGCCAGCUGAGGAUUUUCCUCCACCUCCAAAUCCCCAGGGACGAACUUUUUCUGACAACUUGUCCAAGAGUGCUGGAGUCUUGGAACGUUGGUUUAAUCUCUGGCCCUUCCAUAAGCACACAACUGCAAACUCCAAGUAAGAAAUAUUUUUUUCUCUUAUAUACAUAUUUCAACUCCGUUUGCCUGUAAGCUCUUUUGUGUAUCCUUCCUUGUUUCUGAAAGCUUAUAAGGAUAGCUUAUUGUUUGGUAUAUUUUCAAAUGUUUUAUUGCUCGUUGGAUAUUAAUGAUUGAAUACAAUUUUACUUCUUUUAUUAGAAAAAUGUUUUUUUUUUU